AUGGGACCCUCUGGCGCUGGCAAGUCUACCCUGCUGGACAUUCUUGCCGGUCGCAAAGCAAGCACCACUGGAAACAUUGCAAUCGACAGGGACGGUGGCGUCAAGGAGAUCGUCAGAGUCUCUUCGUACGUCGAGCAGGACGACGCCCUUCUCGGCGUCUUGACCGUACGCGAAACCGUCCGAUUCUCGGCACUGCUUUCACUCAUGGAGAGCGGCGCCUCUCGCGCAGAAAUAAUGCGCACAGCCGACGAGACCAUCGAAAGCUUGGGGCUGCAGGGCGUUGCGGACAAUCGCGUCGGCACACCGUUACAGCGCGGUAUCUCUGGCGGUCAAAAGCGGCGCUUGACCGUUGCAACCAGCGUGGUGGCGCAUCCUCGCAUUCUCUUCCUCGACGAGCCGGUCUCGGGCCUCGACUCGGCGACUGCUUUCGAGGUCAUGUCGGCUAUACAACGUGUUGCCAAGGCCAGGAACAUCGCUGUCGUUGCGACAAUCCACUCGCCUACGUGGGAGACAUUCGCCCUCUUCGACUCAGUUCUCCUGCUGGCCGGCGGCGAAACCAUGUUUCGCGGGCGGCCGGAUGAGGUCGUCCAGUACUUUGGCGAACUCGGCCAUUCCUGCCCGUCUCACACGAACCCUGCCGAUCACAUGAUGAGCCUCGUCAAUUCCGACUUUACCUCCAAGGAUCAAGCACCGGAUGGCCUCGUCAAAGGGAACUCGCACGCGUUCGCUGAAGCGUGGCGAUUGCAUCCUUGGUCGAAGUACGCCUCACCUGAAGUACAAUCGAAGCCACCGUCAAGUUCGCGGACGCGAGGGAAUGCUCUGUCGCACUUCUUCAAGGCCACGCUCCUUCUCUCGCAGCGCAACCUGCUCAACUACAGCCGCAACCUUUUGGCGUACGGUGUGCGUUUCGCCAUGUACAUUGGCAUGGGCGUGCUUCUGGCGACAGUUUGGGUCAACCUGCCUCAACUGGACAGCAGAAUUAACGACCGCCUUAGUGUUCAUUUUUUCUCGGUCGCCUUCCUUGGCUUCAUGAGCGUUGCAGGCAUUCCCGCCUUUCUCGAGGAGCGCUCCGUUUUUCUCCGCGAGCGCAAGAACAACCUGUACGGGCCGGGUCCGUACACCGUCGCACAAACGGUGUGCACACUGCCGUUCCUCUUCGCUUGCGUCCUCAUCUUCGCCAUCAUCAGUUACUGGUCUAUCGGGCUUCACUCCGGCGCAAACGAAUUCUUUCGCUGGAUGGUGUUCGUCUACCUCGGUGUCCUCGCGGCUGAGAUGCAGUCCCUCUUGAUCGCCGCCAUCGUCCCAACCUUUGUCGCAAGUCUCGCUCUCGCUGCAUUCCUGAACGGCUUCUGGAUGGCGGUGCAAGGCUACUUUAUGCGCAAUCUUCCGUCUUUCUGGUACAGCUGGGCGCAUUGGAUCGACUAUCAAACGUUCGCUUUCCAGCUCUUGGUGAAAUCAGAUUUUACCGGGCUCAUCUUCCCCUGCGAGGGCAACAUUGCAGCGAGUUCAUGCCACUGCACAUUCUCGAGCUCCCUCAUCGCGGCGGGCCAGUGCGCUGUCGACGGAUCCGACGUCAUCAAAAGUCUCGGCUACGAAGGUGCCAGCUUUGUGUUCUAUGCCUUCAUCAUCGUCAUCAUCACCGUCUUCUACCGGCUCGCCUUUUACUCUGUCUUGCGUUUGACAUAA